UACUCUUUCUUCUCAUUCAACUGAAAUACAGUUCCCCUUUCCCUCAUCUUUUUUUCAAAACUUUUCUUUUAAUUCCUCGAAUUUAUCGCUAUUAUUUUCUUCAUUUUUCCUUGUUAAAUCUCUCUUCCCUCCACCAAGAAACUGACCAUCUCAAUAGGCUUUUGCAUCUCACACCGGAAUAUUCCUUCUCCAAUCAUCUCCCGGAUACCGGACCUCUCCUCUCCGGCGGUCACUCUUUCGGUUUCUUUUGAUCUGAUAUUUCAACGAAUUCUCGAAUUUCUCAGGGUUGAUUUUUCUGUGAUUAAAUCGCUUUGGAAGAUUUUUUUUAGAUCGAUAAAAAAAAGGUGAGAAGGAAGGGAAGAGGCCACAGUUGGCUGUUUAUUUAUUUCUGUGAGUGAAAAUCGGUGAAUCUCAUUGUGGUUUUGGUUUUUCCAGCCGAACUGACCAUGCAUUCCUGUGACCAAGUUCAGAUUUAUUGCAGGGGAAUGUAUCUUCUUUUUGAGCAGCUGGCGUUAUUCCGAUUAUCUGUGGGGUUCAUGUAAUGGAUAGGCUGUUAAAUGUAGUUUAGUGUUCUUUAUGGAAAAUCCCAUCAAUGUGGUCUAGUUUGGAAAGUUUGGAUGGAUAUAUGUGAAUCAGAGCGAAGAUUGAAGAAGCUUGCUGCUGUUGAUACCGCGAGGUCACCCCUUGUUCCUGCUGAAAAAAACAAUGCAUCACUCACAACUCGUCAACCUCGAACCAGGGAAGUUAGUUCGAGGUAUAAAUCACCCAGUCCUGCAACACCUUUUGGUUCGAGGCGUUGCCCAUCUCCAAUUACUAGAACAACCUCUACUCCUUCCCAGUUGGUGAAAAAUAGAGCUGUUUCGGCUGAGCGGAAACGCCCCUCAACACCAUCUUCACCUCGAAGUCUAUCUACGCCAGUUCAAGAUUCAUCAGUAGGUGUGCAGAUAUCACCUAGAAGGCUAUCAACUGGCCGCACACCUGAAAGUUUAUGGCCAUCUACCAUGAGAAGUCUUAGUGUUUCAUUUCAGUCUGAUACAAUUUCAAUUCCUGUUAGCAAAAAGCAAAAACAAAAACCGGUUAGUAAUGUUUCAUUGGAUCGUACUUUGAGACCUUCUUCAAAUGUGGCUCAUAGACAACAGUCCGAAAAAUCUGCGUUAUCGCGUAAGCCUACUCCAGAGAGAAAGAAAAGUCCUCUUAAAGGGAAGAAUGCGCCUGAUCAAUCUGAAAACGCUAAACCAGUUGAAGGUUUGCCUGGCCGUAUAAGAGAUCAGCCUCGAUGGCCUAGUAGAAAUCAUGGGAAACUAUCUUCCAAUUCAUUGAAUAGAAGUGUAGAUCUGGGUGAUAUUAAGAUUGUUAAAAGUUUAUCUACACCAGUUCCAGAAAUCGGGUUAUCUUCACUGAAGAGAAUGGCAAUUUCCGAUAGUUUGAGUAUAUCUCUAAAGAAAUCUGCUAAUGACUCAGCCAAUUUGUUAUCACUCGAUGAAAUCGGUCAGGUAGGGCCUGAGGUAAUUCCAAUUGAUGAUAAGUCUCUGCGGGUAUCUGGACCUGCAAGGCUCCUUUCUGCAAGUUCAUUGGACAAAAUGACACUGACAACUUAUGCACACAAAUCUCAGUCUUUGUCUGCUCCUGGAUCACGACCUCAGACACCAAAUAGAACUUCUGUUUCGAGGGGUGCCAGUCCUUCUCGGGCAAGACCUUUCACUCCACCUCCAAGAGGAGACAGUGCAACUCCAAGGGGAGUCAGUCCAUCUCGUAUGAGGACAUCCACCAUAACUAGUCAAUCCCAUAGCUUAACUUCAGUUCUUAGUUUUAUUGCAGACUUUAAGAGGGGGAGAAAAGGUGCAAGCUACAUAGAGGAUGCUCAUCAACUCCGGCUUCUUUACAAUCGCCAUUUGCAGUGGCGAUUUGCUAAUGCCAGGGCAGAAGCUGUACUGUAUAUUCAGAAAAUUACUGUGGAGGAAACUUUAUACAAUGUCUGGAAUGCUACUUUGGGUCUGUGGGAUGCCAUGAUCAAGAAAAAGAUCGAUCUCCAACAAUUGAAGUUAGAGCUCAAGUUGAACUCGGUUUUGCAUGAUCAAAUGGGAUAUCUUAACAAUUGGACAUUACUUGAAAGAGAUCAUGUAAGUUCUUUAGCUGAAGCCGUAGAAGAUCUGGAGGCAAGCACUCUACGUCUUCGCGUAACUGGAGGGGCAAGGGCGGACAUUGAAUCAUUGAAAGCUGCUAUUUCCUCUGCUGUUGAUGUGAUGCAGGCUAUGGGAUCCUCCAUUUGUUAUUUACUCUCAAAGGUGGAAGGAAUAAAUAAUUUGGUUUCUGAGCUUGCUGCAAUAGCUAUGCUAGAGAAGAACAUGCUGGAUCAAUGUGAAGCUCUCAUGGCUUCAACAGCGGCUAUGCAGUUAGAAGAGUACAGUGUUAGGUCUCAUCUCAUACAAACAAAACAAGUUUUGGAGAGGAAUAAGCAGCCAACAAUGGCAACCAAAACACUAUUUCCAUGGCCAUAACGAGCUGGUAAGCUGAUAGUAUUCUGCCAAUAUAUGAUCCUUUAAAGUGAGAUAAAUUUAUUACAAAAUCUGCUCUGCCAGCCCCAGUAAAUGUAAAUUUCCCCCUUUUCCCUUUUAACUUGAAUGUUAUUUUUUCUUUCAUUUUUUUACCCUUUCCAAAGAUUGGGGUUUUUGACUCUGAUCUUUUGUCUACGUGUAAUUUUUGUAUUACGCAUAUGAAAAGAAAAAAAAUGCAGAGGAAACGAAAUAUUUGAUAU